CCCCCCUUCCCUUGCCUUCCCUCCCCCCCCCAUCUUCCAGUCCGCAAUCCGCGCACCGAAGCACAAGGUGCCAGUCAUCACUGUUCCUGCUCGUUCGCCCUCUCUCUCUUUUCGGCUUGGCCUAGGCUCCGGCCUGCACGCUCCUGCACUGGGACCUGUCUCGCUCAACUCGUACCGCACCGCACCAGCACCAGCACUGCUACCUACUACUCCUACCCAGGUACUGCUGCUGCUGCUGCCACCACCACCACCACCGCUGGUGUCUGCUACGCUCCUUUGGGGGACCCAUCCAUCUUUCUCUCCUUCGUGUCGUGCCCCCCUCUCUUCUUCUCUUUCAAUCUCUUUUCCACCCUCACUUGCUCGACCCAAAACACCCUUCUCUACCUCACCUCCGGUCCUCAACACUCGAUUUCCUCCUCAUACUACAUUCUCCCGACUCGGCCCAGCUUUUCGAAACGCUCCAUCCCUCCCCGUCGACGAGGCGCAACCGCUCAACCCUUUCUUCGACUUGAUCCGUCUUCUGGCUUCGAUCGGUCCGUGGACACGCUCUUCGCGAUCACAAUUCGAAAAGUUUUCCACCUCACGACGCCCACAACACACGCUUGUGACAACCUAACGGUGUUUUCCUGGUUUCGGGACGACCGCGGUGUGUGA